GUGAGCAGGUUGAGAUUGAGCCCAUGGCUCCUCAGACACAUUCUCCACAAAACUCUCCUUCAGACAACAUCACUGAGUCCGCUCCUCCUCUGCGAGGUGCUCCAGGAAAAACCAAGAGACCAGCAAACAUCGGCAGUGUCUCCAAGAAACCCUCUGAGGAUACUCCCCCUGUCAAACAACCCAACCCCCCCAAAUCAAGCUUCUCUCCGUCCCCUGAGGUUCCAAACACCUCAGUCUCCAGACACCAUGAAACAGGGGCCCUGAGGAUCGUCAAGACCUCCUUCACCAUCCCCAAGAAGCAGCCUGUCACCCCCACCCCGCCCUCACCUUCACCUCCAGUCCCACUGAAUGAAACCAGAACCCUGCCUGUGUCCCCAGCCCCAAUCGCCCCUUCCUCCAGACCCCCCCAGCCAGCCAAUAACCAGGUCAGGCAGAGCAUCCAACGCUCUCUUACCAACAUCCUGUUCAAGAGGGUGUGCGACUGUGACGAUUUGGAGAGGUCUGAGAGUGAAGUGGGAAAGCUGGUCACCAGCAUCGAGACGGAGAUGUUUAACAUAUUUAACAAUACAGACAGCAAGUACAUGAACAAGUACCGAACCAUCAUGUUCAACCUUAAAGACCCCCAAAAUAAGGGUUUGUUCUACAGUGUCAUCCGUGGUGAAGUCAGUCCCUUCAGACUGGCCAGGAUGAGCCAGCGGGACAUGCAGGCCACAAAGGUGUCUGAGCCGAGCAAAAGGGACUCUCUAGCGGUCCGGGAGUCUGGUCCCAAAGCCCCAUGUGUACUUCCAAACCCAGCGCCUGAGCCAGUGAAGGUUGACCUACCCAGUCUUCCCCCCAGGACAAAUAGACACAUGGAGAAGACCACUCUCCACGCUGCCCCUAAGGCCAGACCUAGCCAGUCGAGCCGGAGCAGCUCAGUGCCAGACAUCCUCAGCUCCAUGCUGAAAGACACAACUGCCGAGCACAGAGCUCACCUGUUUGACCUCAAGUGCAAGAUCUGCACAGGUCAGAUAUCAGUCGAGGAUGAGGCGGAGCCUUUAGCCAAGAAGUCUAAACUCUCUGGGUCAUCGUCGUCCUCCACCAAACCAGACCAAUGGAGAGACAGGCCGUCUCGGCCACCCUGGAUGUAUGCCAGAACAGAUCUCAGAACAGAGGAGAGAGGAUGGAGAACUCCAGCUGGAGAUGAAUCACCCCUCCUUGCACCCCCCGACUCCCCCACCAUGGAUUCCUCUGCUUCCCCAGUAAUGGAGGAUGACGCUGCCUUAACCAUCAUGGAAUCCCCCACUUCUCCCACAAUGGAAUCUCCCGCUUCUACAACAAUGGAAUCUCCCGCCUCCCCCAUUUUGGAAUCCCCUGCCUCCCCUGUUAUGGAUUCUCCCGCCUCCCCUAUUCUGGAAAACUGCAAAGCCAAGACACCGUCCAGAAUGUAUACCCCAGUCAUGAUCCCGGCUGUUUCUACGGUAACCAUCACAAGGUGUGACCCCCGCACCAUUGGCAACCGUUCUGCUGCUCUGUAUGGUGACCCCCGCACAGCAGAUAACUGCACUCCUGCCAUGGCAAGUGUCGCCUUGUCUACAGCCCCACUUCCACCAGUCUUUCAUGCCCCUGUGAAACAGAGUGGUACUCUGAGCAAGCCAUUCAUGCCCUUGCCACCCCCCCCAUCCCUGCCACCAAUGCCAGCAUUACCCAAAUCUAUCCUGACGAAGCCAUCCUCCUCAUCGUUCUAUGGAUCAUCUGCAUCCUCUUCAAGGGCUAUGAACUCCCACACCCCUCCAGACGGUGAGACGGCCCAGUUCCUGGCCAAGCAGGAAGUAUUGUGGAAGGGCUUUCUCAACAUGAUCAGCGUGGCCAAGUUCGUCACCAAGGGCUAUCUGGUCUCAGGGCCCUCCGAAUACCUCAAAGAGGACCUGCCUGAUACCAUCCAGAUUGGUGGAAGAAUCAUGCCUCAAACUGUGUGGGACUACAUCGGGAGAGUGAAGGCCUCUGUUACAAAGGAGCUGAGUGUGAUCCGGUUCCACCCAGCGACAGAAGAGGAGGAGGUGGCCUAUGCGUCUCUGUUCUCCUACUUCAGCAGCAGACGGCGCUUCGGGGUGGUGGCCAACAAAAGCCGCAGCAUCAAGGAUAUCUACCUCAUCCCAGUCAGCGCGAAGGAGUCCAUUCCAUCCAAACUCCAACCUUUCGAAGGAUCAGGCCUUGAGAAAAAUCGCCCCAAUCUUCUUCUGGGACUGGUUAUUUGCCAGAAACCCAAACGUGCGGAAAGCGUACCACAAGCGGUUGAAGAGAAGAGACCCAAGAUCCGUAUGUCCAAAGACCCCAGAGAUAUUGGCCUCCCUAGACCCCCUUCGCUGUAUGGGUCUGACCCUAGAAUGGAGGAAUUCUUGCCCUAUGACCCAGAGAUGCCCAUGUCCACCCUUCCUGGUUCCCCUCCUUCCACUGGAUCCCUGUCACACUCCUCCUCUGGCUCACUGACUAGCCCAUCACUUCUGUCCUCCAUUAGAGCUUCUGCCCCUCCCCCCACCACUAGCUCCUCCGCUGCACCUAGCAGCACCGCCACCAGUCCCCUGCAGACCAUCCUGAAGUCACUGUUUGGGAUGGACUCUCCUGCAGUCCCAGCAGUUGCUGCAGUGCCCCUUCCAUCCACUCUUCCCCCUCUCCCAAUGGUGGAUCCAAUAGUCCAGCAGUACGGGCAGAAAUCCAAAGUCAAAGAGAUUGAGGAGGAGGAAAAUGAAUAUGAUCGACCAUACGACCCAGGGGAAGAGUAUGGUCCAGCAAUGGGCUAUGGAUUGGUUGCCCCAAUUUGUACGGAUAAAAUGUUUGAGGUGAAAGCUGCCUCUCUGGCCGUUUGUGCUGAUGAUGACGACGUGGCUUACGACCCUGAGGAUGAGACUAUCUUUGAGGAUAUGCACAAUGAUGGGGUCAGUGUAGCAAAAGCCCCAUCUCCAACUCCUACCCCAGCUCAAGCUCCUUCCCCAGUCACAGUACAAGCCCCAGUCCCAGCUCCCACUCCAGCCCCUCUGUGCCUCCCCAUUACUGGUGAUGUAAUUGUCUCGGCCGCUACUCUGACUGAACAACAGCGAAUGCUUGAGGAGCUCAACAGGCAGAUCGAGGAGCAGAAACAGCAGUUGAAGGAGCAGGAGUGGGCACUGCGUCAGCAGAGAGAGGCAGUGGGCAUGUUCAUGGCCCACUUCUCUGUUUCUGAUGCCUUGAUGUCUCCCCCUCCUAAAUCUGGGCGGUCUCAAUUUCAAACACAGCAGUCUGAGGCGAAUCCUUCAGCGGAUCAAAAAGCUUUGAAAGGUCUCUUGAAAACAGAAGUACCAAUAAAACAAGAGAUUAAGACAGAGACCAAGACUGUACCUCUUUCAGAGUCAAGAAAUGUGAAAAUGCCCAGUGCAACAGCGAAGCGGGUAAAAGAGAUUAAAAAGGAAAAUAUUCAGGCAACCGACAAUUCAGAUCCUGAAGCUGGUGAGAUCCAGGACUCUGAUGUAGCUUACGACCCAGAGGAUGACACUAUCUUUGAUGAGCUGCAAGACAUGAAUGUAGAAGAGAAGGGGAAAACUCUACCACAUUCAGCAAGGCGUUCUGGGCGGUCUCGUGACUCCUCGGUGUCUAGCUCGUGUCGUGGCACAUCGCGCAAUGACACUCCUGAUAGGAGGCGCGGUCCCCUGGACGCUCUGAUAGGCAAAGGGACAGACACAGACGGGGUGGGAGGAGCCAACCGUAUCACAGAGAUUGUGACCACUCUGACCGCACAGGCCGCCAUCUCCCUCAUAAAGAGAGCACUUCUCGGCGCAGCUCUUUGUCAGAAGACUCCAAGCGUCCAGAGGCUCCUGAAGACAUGGGUCCUACGAGCCCAGCUCCAGCACUGGUCAUGGAGACUAAUGACUCACCUCAGCCCCCUCUUGAUAGAAAGGACAUUAAUGAAUCACUGUGUGAUCGUUCUGAGUCUGGACGUCCACCACAGGGAAAGAUUGAGUACGCAGGCCAUCAAAUGCCCCAUGAAAAUCCCACUCCCCAGCAACCUGGGGAUCAACAACCUCCUCAAAGCUUGCUGCGAUCACCACCAACAGGCCUCAACAACCAGCAAGGCCUCAACUUACAGCGUCAAGACAAUAGGGAUAGGGCCUCUCAACGGGAAAUACUAG